ACCAGGAAGCCACAAGCAAGGUGGAAUUACUCAACACUCAACAGAUUUUGUCUAUCCCAUUAAGUGUUCGGCAAAUUCCUGAUUGUCAAGUGUGGUUUGAUACGAAGAAUGGUAGUUAUACAGUAAAAUCUGGUUAUAAAUUUUUGGGCAGUACCUUGGAUAAUGUAACUAAUACAAGUUCUUCGGUUCAAGGCAAUUGGUUGUGGAAAAAAUUGUGGCAUUGUGCAGUGCCAAGGAAGACAAUGCUAUUUAUGUGGAAAGUAAUUCAUGACAUCCUUCCUACGAGAAGUGAAUUGAUUAAGAGAGGAGUAAACAUAGAAGUCAUGUGCCCACUAUGCGAGAUUGAGGUUGAGACAGCUUUUCAUUGUCUAUGUAAUUGUCAAUUCUCAAGGUUGGUUUGGUUGACUACUAAAUGCGGAUUUCGGGAUAUCUCCAACUUCCAUGAUUCAAUUAUAGAUUGGUUGCAGGGAGUUUUUGAAGUAUUGAAUAAAGAUGAGACAGAGGAAUUCAUUUGUUUAUUAUGGGCCAUAUGGAAAACAAGAAAUGUAGUGGUGUUUAAUCAAAGUAGAUCUACCCCAAUGGUAGUGGUGGAGAUUGGUUUGGACUUAAUUCAUCAGUUUCGGAGGGCUUUUCGAGCGCAUGGAAAUUCAAAGGAUGAUGGAUAUGAGAAUACAAGUGAGGUAUGGGGCAGGCUGAAUAGUGCUAAACUAAAUACUGAUGCGGCUUUGUUUCAUUCAGGUGGAGAAUGUAAAUUGGGGGCUGGAUUCAUCGUGCGCAAUCAGAAUGCGGAUGUGAUUUUAGCAGGUUCAAAGCUCACAACUCACGGCACAAAUGUAGUGGGAGUUGAACUAAAGGCUUUAGCCUGGGCUCUAUUGAUCUGCUGCCAACAAUGAAUCUAUAUCAGUGAAGCAGAGAUUGAUUGCAAAGAGGUUGUUCACUGGGUGAAAAACCGUAGAAGUACAGGUCAGUUGGGCCACAUCGUGGAAGAUUGCUUGUUGCUGUUAGAGAGGAUUUAUUGUCAAGUAAUUACUCAUUGUGGUAGAGGGGCCAACAAAGCAGCUCAUUCCUUGGCUCAACAUGCAAAGACAUUGAUGAGUGGUGAAGUCUUUUGGACAAAUGUAGCAGAUAUGCCGAACAACAUAGUAAAUAUUGUUUUGCAAGAUUCACAUGCGCUGUAGCUAAUAGCUUGGUUGGGAUGGAAGGGUUACAAGAUCCCCUGAUUAAUGUAAUAGACAUGUACCAAAGGGUACUCUUUUUCCUUUUCAUGAGUUCUAUCUCACUGUGUUUCAUCAUGAGAAGGUUUUAUAAUGAGGCUCUUUUUGCAUGACAUUAGAAUUGGUAAGGGCUACAGUUUAAGUUGUUUAUGUCUAGUAAGAGAAUGCCUUAUUGUAUCAAUAUUUCUGAUGAUUAAUGAAGUUUUUC